UCAUUUUUAUAGGUGCGUUCCCCCAUGAUGACUAAUCCCGUAAAAUUGUAAACAAAAACCUCAUAAUUCCCUGAAAUUUCCAAAUCAUUGCGGCACAAGUUCACCAUAAUUCAUCCCUCGUAUCGCCUUAACCCCGCUAACCCCCAACCCAUUUAAGUCACUCAGAAAAAACAAUUAAAAAGAGGUCAGUGACACACAGGAGUUCAAGUGGGCCCACCCUAAAAACCAUGUCCAAGAAGCCCCAAGUGCAACCCGCCCUCCAUAAGGUCAUCAUGGUGGGUAGUGGAGGUGUGGGUAAGUCCGCCCUAACUCUACAGUUCAUGUAUGACGAGUUCGUCGAGGACUAUGAGCCCACCAAGGCGGACUCUUAUCGGAAAAAGAUCCUGCUGGACGGGGAGGAGGUGCAGAUCGAUAUACUGGACACUGCCGGACAGGAGGACUAUGCCGCCAUCAGGGAUAACUACUUUAGGAGCGGGGAGGGGUUUUUGUGUAUUUUUUCCAUAACUGAGGAUGAAAGUUUCCAGGCCACCCAAGAGUUCCGGGAACAAAUCUUACGUGUGAAAAACGACGACAAUAUCCCGUUCUUGCUUGUGGGGAACAAGUGCGACCUGGAGGAGAAGCGCAAGGUGAGUUUCCAAGAGGCACAGGACCGUGCUACCAAAUGGGGGGUCCCUUACGUGGAAACCUCUGCCAAGACCAGGGAACAUGUCGAUAAAGUUUUUUAUGAUUUAAUGAGGGAGAUCCGGGCAAGAAAAAAGGAAGAGAACAAAACCAGUAACGGUCGGGGCAAAGACAAGAGCAAGAAAAAACGCGUCAAAUGCACGAUCCUUUGAGGUUUUUGAGGUACCGGUUUUUUUGCAUUUAAUUGUUUCAAGCUUUACUACUCGACUUAUGAUAUUUUAAUUUAUUGUUUUUAUUCGGUGGGGUACAUAAGUCACCUCUUGUUGUCAUUGUACAAAAUACUGUCGGACAGUUUAAUAAGUGCAAAAGGAAAUUGUCAUUUGUUUACUGAGUGGUGACGUCACAAGAUGGCCGCCGAAAAGUUGGGUUAUGUUUGCACUUUUACGCCUCAAACCGAUUGGGUGUUUUUUUUUCGAUUAGUUUUGGCACUUGUGGGUACAUCACUGUAUAAAUACUGGGGCUUAAUUAUAAAGUUUUAUAUGUAAUUUUUCCAUAUAUAAGUAUGUAAUAUUAUGCAAAAUAUAUAUUAUUUUUAAGGAGUA